AUGGCUACAGAGAACCCUGUAGAAAGCCUUCAGGAGGAAGCUACUUGUCCCAUCUGUCUGGAGUAUUUUAAAGCCCCAGUGAUUCUAGACUGCGGGCACAAUUUCUGCCGGCUCUGUGUCACCCAGUGCUGGCAGGGAUCCGAUGCAAACUUCUCCUGCCCUCAGUGCAGAGAAAUCCUUCAACACAGAAACUUCAGGCCCAACAGGCAGCUGGCAAAUGUUGUAGAACUUGCCAAACAGCUGAGCUUACAGGUAGCAAAAGGAGCCGAAGGGGAGAGAGUGUGUGAGACGCAUGGGGAGGCCCUGAAACUGUUCUGUGAGGAGGAUCAGACCCCCAUCUGCAUGGUGUGCGACAGGUCCAAGGAGCACAGAGCUCACGCUGUGGUUCCCAUAGAGGAGGCUGCCCAGGAGUACAAGAAAAAAAUUCAGACCCAUUUGAUGUCUCUGAAGAAAGAGAGAGAAAAACUACAGGAAAUUCAAAUGAUGGAUACACAGAGAAGCUGGGAACAUCUGAAACAGACAGAAGCUGAGAGGCAGAAGAUUAUGUCUGAGUUUGAGCAGCUGCAUCAGUUCCUGAGGGAACAAGAGCGACUCCUGCUGGCCCGGCUGGCAGAGCUGGACCGGGAGAUUGUGAAACUGCAGGAUGAAAAUGUCACCAAACUCUCCAAGGAGAUUUCCCGUCUCAGUGAGCAGAUCAGUGAGCUGGAGGGGAAGUGCCGGCAGCCAGCCAGUGAAUUCCUGCAGGACAUCAGAAGCACCAUGAGCAGGUCUGAGGAGGGGAAGUUCCAGCAGCUGCUGGAGGCUUCUUCUGAGCUGGAAAGGAGCCUCAGCAAUUUCUGUCAGAAAAAUAUUGCUGUAAAGCUGACCCUGAACAAACUGAAAGAUGUUCUGCCAUUGGAACUGAAGACAGGAAAGGGGAAAUCCAUGGGAUCAGAUGAGAAGGCGAGUGUGACUCUGGAUCCAGACACGGCUCAUCCCCGGCUUCUCCUGUCUGUGGAUCGGAAAAUUUUGACCUGGGACGUCAUACGGCUGAACCACCCUGAACAUCCCCAGAGAUUUGAGUUGUCUCCUUGUGUGCUGGGCUGUGAGGGAUUCACCUCAGGGAGACAUUGCUGGGAGGUGGAGGUGGGGCAUGGGACAGCCUGGGCUGUCGGGGUGGCCAGAGAGUCUGUGAAGAGAAAGGAGGAGCUCAGUGCGGCACCUGAGGGGGGGAUCUGGGCUGUGCAGAGGUGGGGGUUCCAGUUCCAGGCUCUCACCUCCCCUCCAACCCCCCUGUCUCUGAGCUGCGUCCCCAGCAGGAUCCAGGUGUCUCUGGACUGUGAACAGGGGCAGGUGGCAUUUUUCAGUGCUGAUAGCGAGGCCCCGAUCUUCACUUUCCCACCAACCUCAUUCACGGGGGAGAGACUCCGCCCUUUCUUCUGGGUCUGGGGUGUAGGUUCCCAACUCACUCUCUAUUCCUGA